GGGGUUUGGUAGUUUGUUGCGUUCGGCUUAUAAAUACGAGUUAUCAUAUACAGCCUCAAAUUCUCACUCGGCAAAAACACUAUGAGGCUAUGAGCUGUUCGCAAAACUGAUCAAAGUUCCAAGCCUAGUAAUUCUCUGUUGCUUUGUCUCUCUCGCAUGCAACCCAAAUUGGGUUUCCAAUACUUACUUUUGGUUUGGGUCAUUGUGAGAAAAAGCUUUUGACGCACCCCGGCACUCGCAGUGGUCUCGGCAAAGGGAACUUCUCCGGCGUAAUAUCUCCACAUUUCUGGACAAAAUUGAAGUGAUAUGGAGCAAACAGAACCACCCAAGUCCCGUUUGAAAGUGGAGAUGGAGUUGGACAGAAUCAGCAACUUACCAAGUGAUGUUAUAGAUAAAAUUCUGUCAUGUUUGACUCUUAAGGAGGCAGUGAGGACAAGUGUAUUUUCGAGCAGGUGGAGGGACAAAUGGGCUAUGCUUUCGGGUCUUGUAUUUAAUCGGGAGUGUGUCUCGACUCAGAACCGUGAACUUUUUGUGAACAUUGUUGAUCAUGUACUCUUAAGUCACAUUGUCCCCAUACACAAGUUCGUGCUUUCUCGCACACAUCUUAUACCUUUUAGAGAUAUUGAUCGAUGGGUUCUUCAUCUAUCAAGAAACUCUAUUAAAGUUUUCAAACUUCAUAUUCCUUAUUGGCCUGCAAAAUACAAGAUGCCAUUAUGUUUCUUUUCUUAUCAAGAUAUGAUUGAGCUGAAGUUAUCUGACUGCGUGCUGAAACCUCCAACCACAUUCAAAGGCUUCAGAACUUUGAAGAGGGUUAAUUUUAGGAGUGUUACCUUGGCCCAAGAUGUGUUGGAAAAUCUGAUUCUUUGCUGUUCUCUGCUAGAGAGUUUGAAAAUGAGAAACUGUGAUGGCUUUACCCAUCUCAAGAUUGAUGCACCAAAUCUUCGAUUCCUUUCUUUCGCUGGUGGAUUGGAACAUGUUAGUCUUCAGAAUACCAUAAAUCUUGCUGUUCUUCACUUUAAUUCGUGGGGCAUUUGUCACAGACAAGAUCGUGUCUGUUCUUCCAAUUUGGCAGAAUUUUUCGUUGACCUCCCUCAUAUUCAGAGGCUCACAAUUGAUGGUGAGGCUGUACAGUAUUUGGCUGUCGGUGGCUUGCCUGGAAAGCUCCCCAAACCAUGUCUAGAUCUAAAUUUUCUUUCUCUCCUUGUUGUCAAUUUUAAUUUAGUACUCGCAAGUGCACGCAUCAAUUGUAGAAUAGAGGUGCAACUGUGCAAGCAUGAGGUCAUUCCCUCAAGGACUGAUUGA